AUGCUAAUUAAUUUAUUUUUCACUAUUUUCUCUACAAUUUUAUUAUUCUAUAAUUUUAAAAUUGAGAGUAAUGAAAUUGUUAAAAUUGAAUAUAAUGAAACAUUAGCAAUUUUUGCUCUUGAUAUGGCAGCAGCUUCAUAUGCAAAAAAUCCUAGAAAAUGUCUUAGAAAAGUUGGUGGUAAAUUAAAAUCACACUGGGCAUCUAAAUGUGAUUAUAUUCAUGAUGAAUGUUGGGGUUUCAUUGGAAUUGUCAAUGAUUAUAUUAUUUUUUCAAUACGAGGUACUCGUUCUAAACUUCAAUUAAUUGUUGAGUUGAUAGAAACUAUGUCACGACCUAAACAAUCAUUUCCUGCAGGUGGAGCUGUUGAAGCAUACUUUUAUACAGCAUUAAAAACUUUUUGGACAAAUUCAAGUAAAAUUUUAGUUAAUCUUAAAAAAAGAUAUCCAAGAAAAAAAAUUUUGUUUACUGGUCAUAGUUUAGGGGGCGCUAUAGCAUCACUUGCCUCUGCUUUGUUUAUUCAAGAAAAUAAACAAAUUUUUGGUGAAGAUUUCUUAAGAAAUGAUACAUUUUUAAUAACAUUUGGCCAACCACGUGUUGGUAAUUAUUUUUAUUCUCUUCAACAUGAUAAUUUAGUUCCCAAUAGUUGGAGAAUUAUUCAUAGAUAUGAUUUAGUACCACAUAUACCUGGAUGUUAUGAAUAUGGAAAAAAAAGAUCUUGCAUUCCUGCAUUUAAUCAUUCACCAUAUCAUCAUGGAACUGAAGUUUGGUAUCCAAUAACAAUGAAUGGUUCCUCUGAAUAUACAAUUUGCCUUGGUCUACCUAAAGAUGAGGAUGAUAAUUGUUCAAACAGGUGCUUCCUACACUAUGAUAUUAAUGAUCAUCUUAAAUAUUUUGAGCAUGACGUUAGCUCGUACGGAGAUAAAGGUUGUAUUGACUAA